CUUCUCAUCCGUGUUCGUCUAACAGAGGCGGCAGGCAGACCCGGAGGGAGCGAGUCGACAGAGAAGAAGAAGAAGAAGAAGAAGAAGGAUCGAACCCAACUGAGCUUGGAAGCCUCUCUACGAUUCGGGAUCAACUCUAGCUUUCUAGAAUUGAGUCCGGCUGCGAGUGUUCCAGCUCGUUCUGUUCCCCUCUCUGGGUUCCUAUGGCGUCGGACGACGAAUUUACCGGGGAGGACCACCGGCGGACUGUCGUUCGGGAGACGGUGGACCUGGCAAUCUCCGGCGAGCCGGAGAUGGAGGUCCGGGCGGCGAGGGAGAUCCGGCGACUGACGAAGACUUCGGCGAGGUACCGUCGGUUGUUUGCGGAGGCGGGAGUGAUUGAGACGCUCGUGAGGAUGCUCGCCUUGCCGAUGGACGGCUCCAAGGAGGCCGCUCUCCUUGCGCUUCUGAAUCUCGCCGUCAAGGACGAGAGAAACAAGAUGGCAAUCGUAGACGCAGGAGCGCUUGAACCGAUAAUUGGUUUCUUGAAGUCAGAGAGCUCAAAUUUAAGGGAGUACGCUACUGCUGCGCUCCUCACUCUCUCUGCCUCCACCACCACCAAGCCCAUAAUCGCUGCCUAUGGAGCCAUUCCCCUGUUGGUUCAGAUGCUACAAAGUGGUAGCCAACAGGCCAAGAGUGACGCCCUCAUGGCACUCUGCAACCUCUCAACGUAUCCUGAUAACCUGCACAAGAUCCUCUCGUCUAAACCUAUCCCCCCUCUUAUUAGCAUGCUGAAAGCCAUCAAGAAAUCCUCAAAAGCAGCUGAAAAGUGCAGUGGCCUGCUGGAAUCUUUGUCGGAAUUUGAAGAGGGCAGGAUGGCAAUCAUGGAAGAAGAAGGUGGGUUGCUAACGAUGGUGGAGCUCAUCGAAGACGGGUCUUUCCGAAGCAGGGAAAGUUCUGUCGGGGCUCUCUUGAAGAUGUGUGAGAGAGAUGGAUGCGGAUUCAGGGAGGCCAUACUGAACGAAGGGGUCAUUCCUGGUCUUCUUCAGAUGACAGUUCUGGGGAAGCCAAGGUCACAAAGGAAAGCAAGGUUGCUUCUUGGGUGGCUGAGGAACUCCACUGCUGAAUGUUUGAAGGAGGAGGAGAGCUAUGUUGGGUGCCAAUUCAGCAAGGAGGAGGAAAGUGAUAAAGCACGGAAGAUGCUGGCUGAGAUGGUACAAGUGAGCAUGGAGCAGAGUCUAAGGCAUCUGCAGCUGAGGGCCUUAGUUGGCCCUCCCAGCGAGCUGCAUCUGGCUAAUUGAGAUUCGAGAAGUGUGUAUUCUGCUUUUCUUUCUCUUGAUCUUUUCCUUUUAUUCUCGAUGCUGUUUCUGAGAACCAGAGGGAGAACGAAUGUCAUGCCAGUCCGGGCCUUUAAUUGGUACCAGGUGACUGGUUGGUUAGUUUGUCAAUAAUGUUUGCAUUCAAUCGCUUAGCUUUCUGUAUAAUAUAGUUUUUACAUUGAACCUCUUGUGAAAGCUCUGGCUAUUACAGAUGAAUGGAAAAGAAGCACAACUGGUUUUUCUUCA